CGGCAGUGGGGUCAGAGGUCGGCUCAAACGGCCACAGCCUCGGUUAACUACUGGUGGGAGAGGUACGAGGAGUUCGUCGGGCUCAACGAGGUCCGGGAGGCUCAGACCAACGUCACUGAGGCUGAGGCAGCGUUCAUGGUGGCCAGAGGGAUGGUGCGUGAGGCCCAUGCCAGCCUGGAGGCCCUGCAGGUCCGGCUGAAGGAGGUCCGGGACCGGCUGGACCGAGUGUCCAGGGAGGAGGCUCAUUACCUGGAGCUGGCCACGCUGGAGCACAAACUGCUGCAGGAGGAGCGCCGUCACCGGACAACCUACGAGAAUGCUGAGGGUUCAGAGAGGGAGAAGUUCAAUUUGUUUUCAGCAGCCGUCAGAGGGAGCCACGAAAAGGAGAGGACAAGAGCCGAACGGACCAAGAACUGGUCCAUCAUUGGCUCGGUGCUGGGAACCCUGAUCGGGGUCAUGGGAUCGACUUAUGUCAACCGUGUCCGCCUGCAGGAGCUGAAGACUCUGCUGCUGGAGGCCCAGAAGGGUCCAGAGAGUCUGCAAGAAGCUCUCCACGUCCAGGCAGGAAACCAUCGCUCCCAGCGGGACGAGCUCCGAGCUCUCAUUGACAGCCUCAAGGUCACUUUGACCGACGCCUUCACACCGACGAGCCCAGUCCUCAAAGUCCAGAGAGCUCCAGCACCAGAGCCACCCAGUGUGCCUGUCUCAGCCUUAAAAGACCUCACCGUCUUCAGCCAAAGGACACAGUCCCUGCUCGAGUCCCUCCAACCACAACUGGGACAACUGGAGCAAGGCCUUGGUAGAGUUGAGAGCAAACUGUCGGUGGUGAAAGGGCUGCUGGACGCCAGACCACAGGCCGAACCCCGGGCUCCUGAACCGCGGGUAGAGACACCAGAGAGAGAACAGAGAGUGGACCUGUGGGAAUCUGAGGUGGCUGCGAGGCGUCUUGAGGAGACCCAGAGGACGCUGGGAGAAGGGAUAAGGACAAACACUAUUUAUAAUGCUGUGUUUACUUACACCGCCACCGCCAUCACCAUCUCUGCCGUCUACCUGAUGCUCAGGGGAGCUGGUUAGACGUGAGGCCAACACACUGAGUAUGUCCACGUGCACUGAUACGUUAUCAGACACUGGGGAAAUAAAAUCUAAAUUAUAUCAUAAUAUAACAUUGAUGUGGUUGGAAGCAUAGACUGUAAAUAACGACGGAUGACAACAAAUAUUGGAAGCUGUCAUGUCGUCCAUCUUUAUACACAGUCUGUGUUUGUGAGUAAACUCUAAUGAACGAGUUCCAGCUAUUUUGGGCUGAUGUCUACUGAACCACUGAAGCUGCUUUCAGAUACUUUGUGAUCUCAAGAUAAAAUGUAAACAGAAUUUAACAUGAUCACUCGGCAAUAUACGUUUUCAUCAUCUCUUUUUCCAUCACUGUACAAUAAAUGUUUAAUUCUCUUCAACUCAUGAUAUAAAACAAAGCAAAUCCUCACAGUUGUGAAGCUGGAAUCAGGACGUCUUUGAUUUUCUAAAUGUAUUUGUUUAUUUUCUCAUCUAUCGGACCAAUUAGUUCAGGCCUCAGUGGAUUUCAGAACCCCCCCCCCACACUAGGUGUACCUGAACUUUGAAAGCAGAUUCCCUCGUGUUAGGAUUCAGUGUUUGUAUCUGGAGUUGGACCAGCUGAGAGGGAAGGACCAUGUUUCUGUCUCUACAUGUUAAUAUAACUCAGUGCUCAUACGUAAGGAGAACACACAAAGUGACGGUUCACUGAUUCUCUUCAGAUUAAUGAAGAUAUAAGAAGAAUUAAAGAAAUAAGUGAGUUUUUAAUAAUCAGGGUAAGAAAAUACUCGUGAAAUGACACAGAUGAAGAAAAAUAUCCUUUAAUUCAAAUAAUUAAGGUAAUUAAGGUAACCAGUAAUCACUGUAAUCAUAUUUAGUUAAAUACAUCAGUACAAUUUUAACUGUGAGAAAAUGUCUGAAAACGUGAAUGAGGUUACCUCCAAGCUGCUUUGUGUCGUCAUGUUUGCAUUAGUUUGUCAUGUUGUUGACUGUGUGCACUAAGCUGAUGAUGAUGAUGAUGAUGAAGAUGAUCACUGCAGGUCUGUCUCCCUGAUUUACUGAUGUUUUCAAAUGAUUUUACAAUGCUUCGCUGAUUAAUCGAGUGGUUCAUAAAAUCCCCUCGAUCCAGAUUUGUAUUUUUAUUGCAUAAACUCAAUCGAUACCAUCUCCCUAAACAUGUCUGAAUACUUACAUGUCAUUCUGGUUUCUGCUUUUUGUU